AUGCCUGAGGUGCAUUCGCAUUCUCCCUCCAAGUCCCGGGUGGACUGGUCCCGCUGGCAUUUCGAUAUCGACAACUAUCUGAAUCGGUUCAUUCCUGCGCCUCCUUGGCGAUGGGUCCCCCGGCCUAUCUCGCAUUUCUUCGGAUAUCGAGGUGACCAGUCGCCGCGGGCUAUUGGUAACCUGGUCAUCGCCUUCUGGGCAUUAAUCGGGGUGUUUUGUGGUGUGUCUGUGACCAUGUCGGUGUCGAUGAGAGUGCCGGCUUUCCAACAUCAUAAUGCACCACUUAUUAUUGCCAGUAUGGGAGCCGCGGCAGUAUUGCAAUUCGCCUUGAUCGAUUCACCUUUUGCCCAGCCUCGCAACGCGAUCCUUGGACAAGUCAUUGCCUCUGCCAUCGGAGUCGGAAUAGCCAAGUUAUUUGCAUUGAAUCCCCAUGCGGAAGCCUUGCCAGAACUCAGUGCACCCCUCGCUUGUGCCAUCGUAACGGCCGUCAUGGUGCUCACCAACACAUCGCACCCCCCGGCAGGUGCCACAGCCGUACUGGCAGUCACUGAAGGCGCAGGCAUGGGCUGGUGGUUAAUACCUGUCGUGAUUUUAGAAUCGACACUCAUGGUGGCCGUAGCGUGUCUGAUCAACAACAUUCAACGACGGUAUCCUGCGUACUGGUGGACUCCUGUGGCAUUGUCACGCAAACGAGAGGAGGACGUUGAGAAGGCCAAGAAGGAAGAAGCUGAAGUCAUCUCCAGCUCAAGUAGCGUUAAAGAGAGCUUAUCAGAGCAACCUAUACAGAUAGUGAUUCGACGGGAUGAGGUGAUCAUGCCGGACAACAUCUGGAUCACGGCGGAGGAACGAGAGGUCCUGGAGACCAUCAGCCACCGGUUACGAUAG